GUGCAGUCACAUAUACCCGCCAUUUCAAAGUUUUUGAUUGCACCCUGCCGCCGCCAGCGGUGAUGGCUGCAUAGGGGCUGUGAUGGCAUUUGACUUCUUCUAGAGCUGAUUGAUCACGCACUGGGGUUAACCUUGCCGUAUCUUGGCGGGGCAGAACCCGUGUUUCGUGUGUUUGCAGCCAUGGCGGUGUCAAAUUAUCCCAUGUGCUUUUAUAUGGCUAUAGCCUUCAUUCUUUUCAUCUAAUCUGAUUAGUUCCAACUUACCAUAUAAAAUUAGGGUUUUUCUUGGCGGAACAAAACUCCGAAGGGGCCUGCAUUUGGUGUGUUUGCAGCCAUGGUUAUCCCACAUAUGUGACUCCAUUGGGCUCUAGCCUCUUCUUCCACAAUUUUCCGCCCUUCCACAGUGAGCCAUGGCGGUGUCAGAUUAUCCCCCAUAUGUGCCUCCAUUUGGCUCUAGCAUCUUCUUUGACAAUUCAUCAUUUUUCCACAGGUAUUUUUUUCUACUCUCCAAUACGACACCUUCAGUGUUCUUUGCUUCAGCUUGUACCCUUGUGAAAUAUUUUCGUGCAGAGAUUAGGGCUUUUCUAGAACACACUGAGGAGAUUAUGAGUUUUAGUGGGUGGUUGCUCCCCUUCUGUGUUGUUCAUUUCAGCCUAUGAUAUAUUCAACAACCCAAAAGACCAACAAAAUGAUGAGCUUUCUUAUUCUGUUUUUUCCCUACGAUUACAUUGCAUUUAUGCAAUAAUGUUAUUUUGAGGUG